CACAUUAAAUCCAAAUUAUUAAAAUUCAUAUAUAACAUUUUUUAAAUAGGGCAUUUAUUAAAAAAUAUUUUUGGAGUUAGUUGUAUUAGGACAAAUACUUUAAAAAUAAAUCAUUAACAAUAAAAACCCUAUAAGUGUGAUUAUAACCCUAAAAUGCCACCAAAAAAUUGAAACAUGUUUAAAAUUCAAAUUUACAACGCUAAAAACUAUAACAAAAAUACUUAGAUUAAUGCACAAGAAUAAAGCUCGUGUAAUUAUUAAACAACCACACAAAUGAUAAUAAAAUUAAACAAAUGCAAAAAGCAAACAAAAUACAAAACAAAAAAUACAAACAAAAAGUAAAAACAAAAAACCGUUCAACCGAAAUUCCGAAAAUAUUAAUGUGCCACUAAAAAAUGUCUCUUACCAUUUCAAUGUAAUGCCAAUCAAGCCAAAUUCGUACUUAAGACUCAUUUUAAAAGUUGCAAAAAAAUGUGUCUUAGUAAAAAAAACUAUAAAAAUGCAAGGAAACCAAAAGACACCAGUGGGCAUUCAAUGAGAUCGACAGCAACAUGAGUAAAACGACAUCAAAAACUGUCAUCUGUCAGUAAACUAGUAGCCUGCAAAUGCACCCGCAGUGAAGACAAAAAAUAAAAUAAAAUAAAUAUAUAGAUAAAAGGAAAAACAACAGCACUCCCUCGAGUUUAAAUCGCAGUUCGAUUUGCAGUCGAAGCCGGCGGCCUAAUUACGCAAUUUAAUUAUAUAUUUCGAGUGCCAUUUGGAGUCCGAAAAGUUUAAAGAGCACAAAGUUAAGUAAUGCAAAACAACGGGAGACAACCUAAUAAUUUCUGAUCGUUGCUUUUGGCGCGGCAGCCACACGAUGUGCGAUGGAGAGCUUGGGCCUGGGCAGCAGACGCAACAAUGGCAGCGGUUCGACGCCCGCCCCCACAACGGCAGGGGGCGUGGCCGGCAAGGUCUUGGUCCACACGAAGCAGCAGCAGCAGCACUCGAAUCAGAAUUACUACACGCAGCAGCAGACGCAGCUGCAGCGACUCAAGCAGCAGCAGCAAAAGUUGCAACAGCAACAGCAGCAACAGCAACAGCAGCAACAUCAGCAACAGCAAUUGGAGGCGGUGCACGGGGGCGUGGCUAAGCACUGUCUGCAGUUUCCACCACCGCCGGACUAUCCACCACCCAAAAGCCAGCAGCAAAGUGGUGGUUCCGGUGGUUCCCCCGGCGGCAACGGCAAUGGCAAUGGCAAUCCCGCCCGCCGACAGCAACUGCCAAGGUAUCCCGAUCCCGAUCCGGAUGCCAUCGAGAUCUGCAACGAGUCGGCCACUCUGGAGACAUCGCCGCACCACCUCAAGCAGCUGGCUGCGCGGCACAGUAAGACCCUGGGCAGGAAUCUCAGCCAGCACCAGCACCACCAGCACCAGCACCACCAUCACCACCAGCAUGUGCAUCAUGAUUACUCGUAUGCCUACUACGAACCCGGUGCCGCCAUGAGGCAUUCCAAUGUGCCAGUCUCCUCGGGCGGAGGAGGAGGUGGUGUGGGUGUAGGAGUGGGGGUAGCCUCAUCCCCAUCGGGGGUGCCCACCAAUGCGUCCUCGUCGCCGUCCUCCUCCUCGGCGGAGCCACCGCCCAACUCCAUACGAGCCCUGCUCUCCAAGGGCAAAAAGAAUAAGCAACUCGUCAGCCCGGCCACCUUGCAGUCCUACCAGACGCGCUACCACAAACUGGCCAGCACCACCAGGAGCGGUUUGGGCCAGAGCGAGAACUUCUACGAGGAGAUCAAUGCGGCUGCCCUGCAGACCACCCACCACCACCACCACCACACUGGCGGUGGUCACCAGUUGCGCGGUACAGUGGGCUCCCAUUCGGCGGGCUCCCUCAAUCAGACGCUCGUGGAGGAGGAGCUGCGUCGAGUGCAGAACAGGCAUCACAAGAUAUUGGGUGAGCUCAAUCUGAGUGUGGAGGCCAUGCUGAUGCCGGAGAGUCCGCCCAAGUCAAUGGACCAGUCGCAGGGAGCAGCGGGAGCAGGAGGAGGAGGGGCAGGAGUUACGGAAACCAUAGCACCGCAACCCAGUGUAAGUGUAACGGCGGCCAGUGGACAACCGCCGACGAUCUUGGCUCGACUGACCUCCGCCUCGGCGGACAACAUCUGUGAUAGUGGUGGUGGUGGUGGUGGUGGCGGUGGUGGCGAUUCGGUGGUUAAGAGGAGCAAAGUGGCUCCCGGGAAAGUGGAGCAGCUGCUGGCACACAGCAACUGCGGUGAUUUGGACAGCGGCUUCAGCGGCAGCAGCGGCGCCAGUUACAUUGGCAGUCUGCGCUUGAGUAAAACGCAGCACAUCAAGUGCGCCCGGCAGACGCCCACAGUGGUCACCCAGAGCUGUCGUUCGUUCCAGCGAGCGGCCACUGUGUACGACGAGGCGGGAAUGGGCGGCCAGAGUGCCAGCGGUGGCAGCUUUCUUACGCGCGCCUCCUGCGGCCGCAGGAUACUCAGCUGCGCCAGGAUUCGAGCGGCGGAGGAUCCAGGACCCAAUCACCAUCGACUGGCCACUGGGAAUGGCAUUCAAACGGUUCAGGUUUCGGGUCAGAAUCAGGCCACCGCCACGGAAUCGAAGGCGAGGAGCUUCUGGAGUCGCAAGGGUUGGCGCAAGCUCCCCGGUUUCUCAACCUCAACGUCCAGCAUCAACGACACUGGUCUAACGGAUGAACACAAACUGAACUCCGGCUCAUGGGAGGACACCUUGGACGAGCCGCACCACCACCACGCGCACCAUUCGCACCACCUGCACCACUCGCACCACAGCCAGCGCCACCAGCAGCAGAGCUCCUUCCUUGGGGCGUCGCCAUCGAGUGCGAGCAUCACCACCGCCCAGCUGCACAGUGCGUUUAGCCGGCGGAUUGCCGAGCAGCGGGAGCGAGAUCAGCGGGAUCAGCGAGAUCAGCGGGACGCAGUGGGCUGCACCACAGCAGCCACAAUUGCCGGCGGAAGCUUCAGCGCCAACGGUGGCCAGGCUGCCGUUGGUGUCGGCGUGGGCAGUAGCAGCAGCUGCGGAAGCAGCAGCGAACGGGACACCAAAUCGCCGUGCCGCGACCGCGACCGCCAUCGCGAGCGGGACAAGGAUCCCGAGGAGCAGGAGGAGGAGCAGCUGGAGGAGCAACAGGUUCAGCCAGAUCACCUGGAGCUGCAGGAGGAGGCGGAGGUUCUCACCGAGGAGGAGCAUACCAGCAGCAGCGUGAGUUCGCUAAGUGCCGGCAACCAACGCAAUUCGCAAUUGCGUUCCACCUUUAACAAGGCCAAGCAGCAUUUGUCCUUUGACAAAUGGCGCACGGCCGCCACCGGAAGCGCAACAGGUUCCGCAACCGCAUCCGCAUCCGCAUCCGGACCAGGAUCAUCGUCAUCAGCAGCCACUGAGAACAAUAACGCCGCCGCCGCCGCCAGCAACAUGAUUAUGCGCAGGGCCAGUGCCUGCACGAUGCCAUCGAGUGGCGGAGGAUCCGGUGGCUCCCAGCGGGAGGAGGCCACCACGCCGGGCGAAUCGCCCGGGGGUCGCCUGUCCCGCUGGUUCUCCAUCAGGCGCGGCUCCUCCCAUCAGUACGAUGUGGGGGGACGCGAUGGCCGCCACUCGACGGCCUCCAGCUUCGAUACGCCCGAUUCGGGGGCGGGGCCGGGUAACUCCCCCGCGGGAGGCGCGGGCAAAGGCAGCUCCGGAGCUGGUUCCGCCGGAGUGGGCCAAGGCGCAGCGCUGGACGCCGCCUCGCCGCAGAAGCUGGCCAACUUGGGAGCCAGCAAGAUGAUGCCCGGAGUGCCAGAGUCGGAGGACGAUGAGGCGAGCGCCAACCGCUUCGACAUGGACCUGAUGAUGACGCCGGGCAGUCGUGCCAACGGGACCGCUCGUACCGCCCACAAUCGGCUGAUUGUGCCCAUGUUGCCGCCCGCCCCCGCCGGACUGUCCCAGCAGCAGCUGAAGAGGCGCCACAUCGUGGCAGCCAUCGUGCACAGCGAGAACUCGUAUGUGGCCACCCUGCAGCGACUAGUCAAUGAUUACAAGAAACCGCUGGAGGAGUGCAGUCCGCCGGUGCUGAAUCCGCUGAAGAUCGCCACCCUGUUCCAUUGCCUGCCGGACAUCCUGCACUCGCAUAAGCUGUUCCGGAUUUCGUUGGCGGAGUGCGUCCGGAAUUGGGACCGCGACGAGAAGAUCGGCGACUGCUUUGUGAGCGCCUUUGGGAAGCCGCAGCUGCUGGAGAUCUACUCGGGCUUCAUCAACAACUUCUCGGCCGCCAUGGAGCUGGCCAAGAUGGAGGAGAAGCGCAAGUCGGCGUUGGCCGACUUCUUCAAGGUCAAACAGAUCAGCGCCCACGACCGCCUCUCGUUCUUCGGGCUGAUGGUGAAGCCGGUGCAGCGCUUUCCCCAGUUUAUCCUCUUCCUGCAGGACCUGCUCAAGUACACGCCGCAGGGCCACCACGACCGGAUGUCCCUGCAGCUGGCCCUGUCGCAGCUGGAGCUCCUCGCGGAGCUGCUCAACGAGAGCAAGCGGGAGGCGGAGCAGUACCAGGCCUUCAAGGAGAUGCUCGGCCACAUCUCGGGCACCUUCAAUGCCCGCUCCCUGAGCCUGAGCAGCGUCAGUGUGAGCGACUCCGCCGGCGGCCAUCGGCCGAGGUACCUGCUCCGCGAGGACAACGUCACCCACAUGGAGUUCAACCAGGCGGGAUUCAUUGUGAAGUGCAAGCAGCGCCGGCUGCUCCUGCUCAACGACAAGGUCAUCUGCGUGUCGGUGGCUCCCAAGCAGUCGCACGACUUCGGGGCCACCGAGAAGCUCACCUUCAAGUGGAUGUUCCCGGUGAACGACGUCGAGAUCGUCGACAACAGCACCUCCGCGACGCUCUCGAGGAUUCUCACAGCGGGUCUCAACCGCGGCGGCAGCCUGAAGUCGAAUGGGAGCAGCGGCGCCAACGGGAGUCCCUAUGCGAACAGCACUCUGCCGGGACACGGAGGCGGCGCCGGCGGGUUCCCCAGCUUCGGGGACCCGCACAGCUCGCCGGCGGCCCAGCUGACCAACGGGGCGGACAACCUGUGCAGCGAGAUGAGCACGCUGAUGUACGACUACGAGGUGAUCUCGCGCAUCCAGGACCUGGUGUGCAGCCUGAAGGGCAGCUACAAGGAGCUGAACGCGAACACCACGCGCAACGUGCUCAACCUGAUCCAGGGAUCGAUCCAGCGGAAGGACGAGGAGAUGGCCUGGGUGGACUCCUGCUGCCUGCAGCUGAUCGGACGCCACAAGUCCGGCAAAGAGGAGACCUUCACAUUCCAGACGCAGACGCCGGCGGUGAAGAAGGAGUGGAUCACCGAGCUGCGCCUGGCCCAGCUGGCCCUCGAUCCGAACAACUCGCCGGCCUGGGAGCGCGGCGGCUCGCAUCCGCAGCCCGCCCACCACCUGCACCACCACCACCACCACCAGUACCCAGCGCAGCAUCCGCACGGCGGAGCGGGCGAUCCCCGCCAGACGCAGGAGCAGCUGCAGCUGCAGGAGGCCGUCCAGCAGAAGCAGUCGCGCAAGAUGCCGCUCUUUGUCAAGGCGAUGCCGGUCUACAAGUCACAGCAUCAAACCGAGGUGCGCUGUGGAUGUUACUACAGCAUCGCCAACGACACCAAACAGAGCGGCAACGCGCGGCGGCGGCACAAGCAGCUCAACUACCUGUGGAUGUGCAGCAGCGACGGGACCUCGUCGCACAUCACCGUGCUGGCGCAGCAUCCCCAGCAGGCGGGCAACCUCCGCGAGGCGGGCGCCUUCGAUCUCUUCGAGACGCAGGUCUCCGCCCUGGAGUUCGUCAAGGGACUGGAUCAGUUGAGGACGCGCGAUGAGCCCGCUAGCUUGCUGGGCGAUCUGGUCUGGCUGGGAACGGACAGCCGCAAGAUCCUCGUUUACUCGGCCAGGAAUCCGGAGCAGGAGGAGCAGCUGGGCAGCUACUCGGUGCCGGGGGCCGUGCAGCGCAUCCUCUACCACUUCGAUGCCGUCUAUGUGGCCCUCUCGGGAGCCACGGUUCUGAUCUUCCGGCGCGGCAACGACGGCGUUUGGCAGCUGCGCGAUCCGCAGACCAUACGGCUGGGCGACUCCGACCUGGCGGUGCCCAGCCUGCUGCCCAUCAACAUGUGCAUCUAUGCCUCCUGUGGCAACCGGGUGUACGUGAUGAACGCCCUGAAUGGCGAGAUCCAGCGGAGCUUCGAGGUGCAGCACGGUGCCAGCCAGCAGGUGAACCUGAUGGCCCACUCGGGCAUCGGCCUGUGGAUCUCGCUGAAGAACUCGACCAUGCUGUGCCUGUACCACACGGAGACCUUCAAGCACCUGCAAGACAUCAACAUCGCCUCGAGCGUCCUGCGGCACGACGGCAAGAAGGAGCAGCCGCUGAACAACAGCUCCGUCUACGUGACCGCCCUGAUGGCCUGCAAGGGACUGCUCUGGGUGGGCACCAAUGUGGGCAUCGCGGUCACCAUUCCGCUGCCGCGACUCGAGGGCGUGCCCAUCAUCAGCGGCGGCAUCAACAUGUCCUGCCACGCCCACUUCGGACCGAUCACCUUCCUGCUGCCGCUCAUCCCCAAGGUCUAUCCCGCCUACAAGCCACCGCCGGUGGGCGUGGCGCCACUGGUGCCCAGCAUGGGCGACGACCUCCAGCUGCCGGCCAUCGAUGCGGACCCCAAGAUCCAGGAGCUGGACGACAGUGCCGUUGUCGUGCUGCGACGCGAUCUGGUGAAGGAGGAGGCGGUGGUGGCCACCGAUUCGGCGGCCUCGUCGCCGCGCAGCUCCAAGCUGGACAAGCAGAACUCGCUGGACCAGAGCUUCACGGCCAAGAUACGCGCUUCGCUGGCCAAUUCGCCGGCGUUCCAUCGCAAGCGAUUCCGCGAUGAUCCGAACAGGAUGUCGAAGACCUUGCCCCGCGGUCUGGGAGCCACUGCCGCCGGCGGGGGAGCAGUUGGAAUGGGAAGUGGAGGAGCAGCGGCCAGUGGAGGUGGCACCUCGUCUGGGGGAAACAGCUCGCAGCACGGAGAGCACGGCAUGUGCGAUGUGUACGGGCUGUAUGGCAAGCUGAUAUUCGUGAAGGAGGACUACGACGCGGAGGAGGGCAACCAGGGCAACCUGAUGGACAUGAUGUACGAGGGCAUGCGGCGGUCCGAUCCGGAGCUGGCCGCCAUACCCGGCAAGGUGUGCACCCUGGACAGGCGCCUGCGGAUGAAGGCCUCGCGGCCGAGAUCACUGGACCUGUCCAACUGGUCGGUGGACUCGAAGUCCUCCAGUCUGUACACCUCGUCGGGCAGCGAGGAGAGCAUGGGCAUCCGGCACUUUGGCGGCCGGUCCGUCUCGCGCAACAGCAGCAGCGCCAGCCACAAGACCUCCGGCACGGGCAGCGAUCUGGGCAACAUAUCGGAGAACGGACUGAUGACCACGGCGGACAUCCACCACCACCAACAGCAGCAGCAGCAGCAGCAGCAGCAGCAGCAGCAACAGCAGCAGCAGCAGAGCAGUGCAGCCAGGCAGGAGGAGAUGAGCCGACUCAACGCCGGACUGGACAAGCCCGCCGCCGCGGUGGCCACUCUGAAGAGGAAGCAGAAGCAGACCAGCAAGCAGCAGCAGCAGCAGAGCGCCGACGGCCCGCGGACCGUGAUCACCCUGAUGGGCGGACGCGGCUACUGGCGGCAGAUGUGGUACAACGGGGCGAGCGGCUCGCCCAGCCAUAAGAACAGCAGCUCCAGCUUCGGAGGAGGCGGAGGCGGAGGCAGCGGCUCCUCCGGCUCCAGCGGACAGGCGACGCAGGCGGGCGGCGGCAAUCCCAGCUGCUCGCCGCUGACGGCCAACUCCAAUGACGCACACAUCGUGGUGUGGGAGAAGAAGUUAUAAUCGCAGGAGCUGGUGUGCUGCUGCACCCUUCAGCAGCAUCCCCACCAGCACCAUCCGCCGCUCACCGAGCUGUGGCGCCGCGUGGGCGAGCAGCAGCAGCUGCACCUGCAGCAGCAGCACCUGCACCUGCAGCAGCAGUUGCAGCUGCAGCGACGCGGACGUGGCAGGGUUCGCUUCCGGGGAUCGUUCAUCCAGCGGGACCGCAGCGCGGGCAGCGAUGGAGCAGCUGGAGGAGUGGGAGGAGCUGGAGGAUCGGGCGGCGGCAUGUUGGGUGCCAGCCUGAAGCGGCUGACCAAACUGAAGCGCGGCGGCAGCCUCAAGGAGUUCUAGAUUUGCGUGUACAUUGUUUUCGAAAUUUAGCUUGUAGACUUACGCUUGUUUAUGUUUUUUUUUUUUUUGCCACAAUCACAUUUGAUUUUUUUUUUUGGCCCUUGCCUUGCAGCAAGAAGGGGCAUAUCGAAUAUAUUUAUUAGCGGCCCUGUUAGGUUUCCAAUCGAAAUCGGAAACAGACUUAGCCUCGAAACUCCAGAAAGAAUAUCUACUGAUUUAUUGCUCUGAACUGACCAAAUUUGUUCUUGUUCUCAAACGAUACAACAACUUAACUGAAUCGCUUUUUAUGUUUCUUACUUUUAUAACAAUUUAUCAAAAAGCAUUGUUAGCUAGAGCUUUCGUAUUUUGUUGCUCUUUUGUAAAUGUAAAGUAUCCUUAAAGAUAAAACAUAAACUCUUGGAUGUAACUAGAUAAGUUUAUUUCGGAAACCGAAUUUAAAUCUAGAUAAACUCGUAUUUAGUCAGUUUAAAGAUUAAACUUAACCUUCCUGAAAUCGGUGUUCUAAAAAUUGGAGAGAAUUCGGAAGCAGCGCUAAUUUUGAAUAAGAUUUGGAGUCGGAAGCCGCCACAGGGGUGUAUAUAUAGCAAAUGUUUUUUUGGAGAAACCUAGUGUUUAGUCAGCUUUUUCUCAAACUCGAACAGCCAACUAUCUCUUUUCGUUCUUGAUUCUCGCGUAAGAAAGUGAAACUUAGCCCUAGGGAAAUGUUUUUUUUUCGUAUGUAGUCCAUAACUGAGUAUCCAAAUAUACAAGUGUUUUUUUUUUUCUGUAGUUCUUUAAGGAUACAUAGGAUUUAACUAGAUCGGUAAGCGGUUGAGCACACACACAAGAGAGCGGCCAAGCCAACAAGCAAAGGGGAAAUUAAGUUGUCUGUUCACUAAGAGAUGAAAACAAAGUCGAAAUAUCAUUGUUAAUGUAUCCGGGAAACUGUCCAAGGAUCAGGAUUUGUGAAUGGUGUAUAACGUGGUUAUGCAGAUGGCUAUAUAGCUCCAUUCCAUGACCAUGAAAGGCAUCUACAUUCGAUUCUCUGACGCAGCUGGCAGCACUUUCCUUAUGUAUGUAUUAUAACGAAACUAGAAUUAAACAACGUACUCCCCAUUUAUGGAUAAACCCAAUUUGUAGUACUCUAAAGCCUGUAUUUGUGAACAUUUACAACAAACAAACGGGAAAGUAAAACAAAUGUUUUUUUUUCUGUCAAGUAAAUUUAUAUAUAUACAGAGUAAUGAAGCGAACAAGGAAUAUCUUAUAUAUACACAAAAACAUACUUAUAUACGAUUUACAUCUAUAAAAAAAUAUACAUGUGUGUGUGUGUGCAAGAAGAAUAUUUAGCUAAAAAUAAUACAAAAAAAAAACAACUUGUUUUACGAAGAUAUUUUUUGUGAACAAUAUCUUUUGGAUACACAUAUAGAAGUCAAGCAUAAUGCAAUUAUGUAACUUUUUAUAUCAUUGUGCAUAUUUACACAAGAAACAAACACACACACACACAUACGCGAUAACGCACUCAUCUACAUAUAUGAAAAUAAUAUAUUUACCUAUAUAUCUACACAUAUUUACGGGUUCCCCGGGGAGCCCACGUGUACAUGUACUUGGAUGGCGUAUAAUUCGGCAUCGCUCGGAACUAUCUAUCUAUCCACAGCGAAACCAGUUGCUUUGUCGGUGUUAUACAACAAACAAAAAACAAACAAACAAGAGCAUUGUAUGUAUUCAAGAACAAAGAAAAUUUAUUAAAAUAUAAAAAAAAUUUAA